CUCUUUAAAUAGUACCCCGGCACUCUUGGCCAGCUGCAAAUGUCACGGGAGUGUUCUGCCAAUAACAAAAAAAAAGGUUUGGAGAUGUUGCGGUGGCGUGCAACACGCCGAGGAGGUACACGGAGACACGAGAGCCUUGCAGGUGUCGAAGGGACUCGGCGUCAGUGGAGGGGAAUGGACACGACGUUUAGUGUCAUGGAGGGCAGACGCGAGAAGAAGGGUUGGGCCAAGAACUGGCAAGCGAAGGAAGGAUCCAGACUCAAAGAAGCCAACCUACAAGUGCGUUUCUGUACCAAUGAAACGCAAGCUACCCGGGAAAAGUUUGUAAAGAAAUUGCAGAACCUGGGGUUUGAUAUCACGGUGGAUGAAGUCUUUUCUCCUGCCCCUGCUGUUUGUCAAGUUCUGAAGAAACGUGGACUUAGACCUCAUCUUCUGGUACAUGAUGGUCUUCAACCAGAGUUUGACCAGAUUGACCAGUCAAAUCCCAACUGUGUGGUGGUUGGAGAUGCUGCAGAAUAUUUUACUUACAAGAACAUGAAUGAGGCUUUUCAAAUUCUAAUGGGGCUAGAAAAACCUAUCCUGAUUUCACUUGGCAGAGGGCGAUAUUAUAAGGAAACAGAUGGGAUGAAACUUGAUGUUGGAGCUUACAUGAAGGCCUUGGAGUAUGCCUGUGAUAUUGAAGCUGAAGUUGUCGGCAAGCCAGCAGAAAUGUUUUUCUUGUCCGCUUUAUCUGAUAUGGGCUUGGAACCAGAUCAGGUCAUCAUGAUUGGGGAUGAUAUUGUGUAUGAUGUAGGUGGAGCCCAGCAGUGUGGUAUGAAGGCUGUCCAAGUGAGGACAGGCAAAUACAGACCAUGUGAUGAACAGCACCCAACUGUGAAAGCUGAUGGGUAUGUAAACAACUUGGCGCAAGCAGUCACAAUUCUUCUUGAACACUUACAUUAGUAACUUGAACGUCAGUGCCCAAGAAUCAUCUGGUGAUCAACAAAAGUUGGCAGGUCAACCUAAUCUACUGUCUGGCAAAAUGAAGGAAGUUAACAUUUGAUGUUAUGUGGUCACAGAAUUAACACUAUCCUGUAGGGGUUUAUAGUUUACACUAGACGAUAAAUACUUGAUUAUAAAACUGUGUACAAUUUGGUUUACUGUUGGUAUAAACUCCAAGGAUUCACUUGUAUACAGUCUUAUAAACUGAUAAAUAUCAGAUCAUCUGUAUAUGUUACUGUAACACUGUCAAUAAAGAUGAUUUUAAUCCGAGA